GGUGGUGGAAUCGGACGGCGAUGUGGUGUGCCAGGUCACGCGCGUACUGCUCAAUGCUGAGUGGAGACAAGCUGCGGGAGAGGGAGGAGGCCUAGGUAGAGGAGAGACUAUGGCGGAGCACACGAGAGGUUCUAGGGUUUGAUUUAUUCGGGAAUGGCGACGGCGAAUGGCGAUGCGUCGACGCUAGCGGCGGCGGCGGCGGCGGCGGCCCCGGGCGCCAUCGCCCCGGCCAGCGCCGAGGAUGUGGCGCUCAAGAAGAACACGGAUUGCGUCUACUUCCUGGCAUCGCCGCUCACUUGCAAGAAGGGGGAAGAAUGCGAGUUUAGACACAGUGAGACUGCGAGGAUCAACCCCCGCGACUGCUGGUACUGGGUAUCGGGGAGCUGCUUGAAUCGGGAUUGUCCAUUUAGGCAUCCGCCUUUGGAAGCUGGAAAUCCGACUCCUGGACAGCAGCAGCCCGCGAGCAACAAAGGACGAACGCCGUGCUACUUUUUCAUCCAAGGAUACUGUGCGAAAGGCGAUCGAUGUCCCUUCUUGCACGGUGUUCCUAAGCUGACCACGACUGCUCCUCCAGAGCUCGAAGUUCCUCCAAGGUCGGAAGCUGCCAUUCCAUCUAAGCCGUCUUUGACAGCACAAAAGCCAUCGGUGGACAUACAACUGCAGGCAAUAGCAGCAGUGCCGGAAGCGAGGCCAGCGCCACCUUCUCAAGUUGCAAAGCCAGCGGCAGUUUUUCAGCUUGCAAAGCCAGCGGCAGCAGCUACUCAGGUUGCAAAGCCGGCAGCUUCUCAGGUUGCGAAGCCAGCACCACCACCGCAAAUAGCGAAGCCGGUUGUGAAGCCAUCACCGCCAGCUCAAGUUGCGAAGCCAGCACCAUCUCAUGUUGAUCGGUCCACUGGCUAUACCCCGGCAGAGAAUGUUGAUCGAUACACGAGAGAGCCUACUGGUUACACUCCGGCAGAGAAUGGCAACGGUGUAGCAGGCAGAUCGAGAAGCGUUGCAGCUGAGCCGGAAGAGAGCGCGGAGCCUGUGUCGAGUACGCACGAGGACGAUGAUCUUCUCAUGACGACUUCAAGAGCAGAGAAUGGCACUCGAGACCCGGAAGAACGUUGGGAAGAGUCUUCGCCUGGGUUUGAUGUGCUCGUAGACGACGGGCCAGAGGAGUCGGAGUUCCUCCACGGGAACAAUGACGAAACAGGCGAUCGUUUCGACGACGACUACGAGUUUCAGUACUCCGAGAUGUACAACCAGACUGGCGGAUUCGAGUCGGGACCUCCACUAUACGAGCGUGAAAGCUAUGAUCGCAUCCGGCAUGAGAACGGGAGGUUCGAGCAGGGGGAGUACACUGACUACGACGCUCCCUACGACCGGAUGGACUUCGAUCGUCCGCCGCUGCUGGACAACCCGGAGCGUGAUUAUUUCCGACAAACAAGACAAGUUCGGACACAGUCCAUCAAGGAGAGGCUACGGUUCAACCAUCAAGACCCACGGCCGUUUCUCGACAAUGGUGAUCUGCGAAACGUUCUCGAGCGGCGGCGGAGGCUGGAUGUUUACCCGGGUCGAGAAGGCGAUGACAGGUUUCCCAGGGAGUUUACAGACCGGGAGAGGCAUCGCGACGACUUUUCCAGGGGUCGGGAGCGCGACAGGGCUCAGAACUACUUCCACCAGGCUAGACUUAACAGCAGCAGCGGCAGGAGAUCAUCGAGGGAGAGAAGUAACGAGCGCUUCCACCACCGGCAUCCUCCUCCCGACGCUUUCAUGUACAGGGGUGGUGGUCAGAUCGAUCGUAGGCCUGUGAAGGAUGCAUCUCCUCCGGGCUACGAGGCGAGGAACUUUGGCCUGGGCUUCAGCCGAAGAACAGGCGGGGAGGAGCCAUCGGACUUCGCGGCACCGAAGAGCCUGGCUCAGAUCCGGGCCGAGAAGAGGAAGCUCGACGGGGAGGAGGUGGCGAUGGUGAGCUCCUCCAAGCGCAGCUACAUCUCCAGGGAGUCGAAGUUCCAUGGCGGCGAGCUCAACGGUGGCGGGGACGAUGGUGAUCAACACUUUGAAGGUCCCAAGCCGCUCCACGAGAUUCUCAAGGACAAGCGCAGGGAGGAAUUCUCGCAGCUCCGGCGCCAUGACGAGAGCGUGAUCGUGGCGAGCGAUGAGCGAGAAGAGCGAGACAGCCGCGCCAAUGGAGUGGCCAACCAUCAUGUACACGCUGACAAGAUCACUACUACCACCGUGACUGCUCGAGAGGAGAGUGACGAUGACGAAGACGAUGACGACGACGAUUUCGCGAAGAAGCUAGGCGGAUACUUCUCGUAACUCUGAUUUCUCUGAUCGAUCGAACAAAAAGGUCUGGAUUGACACUUCGAUGCGAUCCUCUUCCUCUAAUGGCUCUAAGCUAGCCACUGUUUUCUCAAGUUCCUGUUUAGACAGGACCCCGUCCUUGACGAUGAACAGGCGGCUAGAAAUCUUCCCGAGUUU